AUGGCUGCGUGGCUACAAUUCCUGAUGGCGGCCGUGUCGGUCCUGGGGCCUGCCUCAGGGCUACCGACAUGGCCUUCCUCGGUGGAUGAGCUAGAAGACAUCAUGUUCUUAAAUUCUGGCUACCAGGCGCGAUCCUUCUCUGCCGAUAUAACUCCAUGUUCCUUCUCCCCGGAUGGUCCGUCGAGAAUUGCAUCGGCAGAAUGGCUUCGCACAGCGUUCCACGACACGGCCCCCGGCAAUGUUUUCACCGGGGUCGGUGGACUAGAUGCGUCUCUACAGUAUGAAUUGGGAGGAGACGGUGGCGAGAACAUUGGUACCGCGUUCAAUUUCACUCUACUCUCUUUCACGCCCUUUUUUUCGUCUCGUGCAUCACUGGCCGAUAUCAUUGCACUGGGGGUAUACGCAUCUGUCCGUGUCUGUGGCGGUCCGAUUAUUCCCAUCCGCACAGGCCGCAUAGAUGCCACUGCAGCUGGGCCGAUCGGCGUGCCGUUGCCGCAGAAUUCACAGUAUACGUUCAUCCAGCAGUUUGCGCGGAUGGGCUUCAAUGUCUCGGAAAUGAUCGCCCUGACGGCUUGCGGCCACACUAUUGGCGGCGUUCACGCCGGUAACUUCCCCGAGGUGCUACAGUCAGGAACCGUGGAAAAUGACUACCAGCACUUCGAUUCGACAACAUUGUUCGACGAGAAGAUUGCCUCCGAAUUUACUGGUGGAAACAGCUCAGAUCCGCUGGCUGGGCCACUUGCAAUAAAGAAUACGUACGACUCAGAUAUAGCAGUGUUUACCGCGGACAACAAUGCUACGAUUGGUCUCAUGGCCGACCCUACAUACUUUCAAUCCCGCUGCCAGGUGAUGCUUCAGCGAUUGAUUGAGGUUGUCCCCGCGGGAGUGGUCCUCACAGACGCAAUUGUUCCCUACGAGGUCAAGCCAAGCAACUUACAGUUAACAAUACAACCUGGUGGCACCCAGCUCCAGUUUACUGGAGAGAUUCGUGUCCGAACGACCGACCUCAAUGGCACCAUUUCGAACGUUCAACUUGUAUAUGCUGACCGCAACGGGGCAUCCACUUGCGGAUCGUGUGUCAUCGGAACACAGUAUGCUGGAACAACCAAUGGUUUUGAUGAUUCUUUUGUCUUCUAUAGCUUCUCCGCAAUACUGCCGGCCAACACCUCAAUCUCGACGUUUAUAGUACAGGUGACAGCUGAUGGUAACACAGUAACAUACGAUAACAACGGGAAUGGGUAUCCAAUCCAGGACAAUAUCUUGUUUCAAAACCCCCAAAGUUGCAUAGCCAAUUCAUCUGACAGCAACGGUAAUUACAAAAUGACGGUUACCGCUGCGGUCCGCAACACAGUGACUUCAGGCUCUCCAACUCUCUCUGUAGAAAUCAAAACACCUCGAUCCUGCUGUGUUGUGCCAGGCUUAUCCACCGUCAACGUGACGAUGGCAAAGACGGCAACAAUUGGCGCCUACGUCCUGUAUAGCGGUAGCUAUGCUCUCACAACCAACCAAAUAACUACAUCCAAAUUCAGCGUUUCUAUAGAGACAUCCUCUGAUAGUUUCAAAAGUACAGCACUCACUGGCUCUUGCUCGGCGCUGAGUGGUUCUGACCCAGUACCGUAUAGCUAUCUUGGCUGCUACACUGACAACGUCAAUUCCAGAACCUUGCCAGCCGCGACGACCAGUGACAACAACAUGACGCUUACGGAGUGUGCGAACUUCUGCAGUGGCUAUCAAUAUUUUGGGCUUGAAUAUACAACACAGUGUUUUUGCGGCACUGGUUUGAGCAGCUCGAGUACAGAGGCUGCGAAGACGGAUUGCAACAUGCCUUGUGGGGGAGACAGUACAGAAACAUGCGGUGGAGCGAACAUACUCUCUGUCUAUACAAACAACAAUUAUGUUACUCCAGGAGGAGCUACGAUUCCGGGUUAUCAGUACCUUGGCUGCUACAAUGACACGGCCGCCGCUCGAAGUCUAUCGAGCACUUACACAUAUAGCAGCAACAUGACAGUAGAUGCCUGUGCUACUUUCUGCAAUGGCGCUACUUAUUUCGGUGUCGAGUACUACAGUGAAUGCUACUGCGGUGAAACUCUGGCGGCGGAUAGCGCUAAACAACCAGUGACUGAUUGUUCGUACCCCUGUUCUGGGGACAGCAGCGAAUUCUGCGGUGGCAGUGACAGACUCGAUUUAUACCAACUGGGCUCAACUAUCGUGACGGCGUCUUCAAAUCCAGCAUCUUCCAGCUCUACGCCAACCACCGCCGUGUCCUCGUCUACGACCGUAUCCACCAGCGCUACGGUAACCACCGAUUCUCCAUCGUCCUCUGCGACUGCACCUGUCUCUCUCUCAACUACCUCAAGCACUGCUGUAUCCACUAGCGCAACUACCACCAGUGUCACUGCAACUGCUACAGGCUUGCCAUCUGGUUGGGACUACCGGGGUUGCUAUGCGGACAACAUCGGUGGUGUCCGUUCUAUGCUCGUCCAGGAAGAUGAUAAUCCCACGAUGACUAUCGAAUCUUGCAUUAGCCAAUGUUUACUAUUGGGCUAUACCGUGGCAGGCAUGGAGUACUCCGACCAGUGCUUCUGUGAUGACUACGUGCGAAACAAUGCUUCUCUCGCAAGCUCAGAUUCCCAGUGUGCUAUGACCUGUGCCGGAAAUUCCAGUGAAAUCUGUGGUGGACCCAAUCUCCUCAGUGUCUAUUCCAACGCUACAAUAACAGUGCUACCCCCGCCAACAGUACAAACAACCAAUCUACCUGGGUCCUGGGUAUAUAAGGGCUGUCUUCAGGACAACGUUAAUAAUACACGAACCUUCCCCUAUCAACUCACCUAUGCAAACAACAACUCGGCGACUGCUUGUCUCUCUCGUUGCCAAGAAUACGGAUUUCAGGCGGCUGGUUUGGAGUAUGGUGAACAGUGCUUCUGCGGCGAUACUUUCGACAUUGGCCCUGACGUUGAAAUCGUCUCUGAUUCUCAAUGCAACAUGAUCUGCACUGGUGAUACCAUCCACUAUUGUGGUGCGGGAAACCUCCUUAGUUACUACAUUUGGGAAAACAGCACGACUUUGUGGACAUAUGCUUCAGGAAAUGACGCUGGCCUUUACCAAUUCCUGAUUGGUGGUGUGGUUGUGCCCCUGAUGACAACCGUAAAUAUCAAUGGGAAAGUCACCUUCUUGGAGAAAUGGGGAACGGGACCGCCAAACACUACUGGUGCCUAUGAGUUGGAUCUAUUUUAUGAGAACGAUUUCGACAAUGCUUGGCGGGCGAUGCACGUCAAGACCGAUAUUUUCUGCUCCGCUGGCCUCGUUCUCCCUGACAAGGCUGGAAGACAGCUUACUAUUGGUGGCUGGUCGGGAGUGUCCACCCAAGGUAUCCGACUUUACUGGCCGGAUGGUUCUCCAGGCCAACCCGGUGUCAAUGACUGGCAGGAAAACCAGGCUGAACUCUCUCUACAGGAUGGCCGUUGGUAUCCCUCGGGAAUGAUCAUGGCUAAUGGCUCCAUUCUUGUUGUUGGUGGUGAGACAGGAUCAAACGGGCCCCCUGUCCCUACCAUCGAAGUCCUACCGACAGUUGGACCCACGCUCUACAUGGAUUGGUUGGAACGUACGGACCCUAACAAUCUGUAUCCGUUCAUGGGAGUGAUGCCCUCCAAGACGAUUCUAGCUGCUUAUUACAAUGAGGCUCGUUUGUUGGACGAAACCACAUUGCAGACGAUCCGGACGCUGCCAAACAUGCCAGGUGCCGUCAACAACGAUCUCGGCGGCCGGACUUAUCCUCUUGAAGGCACUAUGGUGUUCUUUCCUCAAUAUGCUCCAUACACAGAUCCUGUAAGGGUUCUCAUAUGCGGUGGUUCAACUCCUUACGGCGGGGAUGCCAUCGAUAAUUGUGUCUCCAUUCAGCCUGACGUUCCGGGGCAGAAUUGGACGAUCGAACGCAUGCCUUCGAAACGUGUCAUGACUUGCAUAUCACCCCUCCCAGAUGGCACGUUUCUCAUUUUGAACGGCGCUCACCAGGGUGUAGCCGGUUUCGGUCUUGCUACCAGUCCCAAUUUGAAUGCUGUUCUAUACGACCCGACAAAGCCGGUCAAUCAGCGCAUGACAGUCAUGGCAAAUACCACCAUUGCACGUCUCUACCACUCUGAGGCAAUUCUCCUACCUGAUGGACGGGUGUUAGUCUCCGGCUCAGACCCAGAGGAUGAUACCCAUCCUGAGGAAUACAGAGUAGAGGUGUUCAUCCCGCCGUAUCUUCUGUCCGGAGCCGCGCGACCAGCGUAUACCAUCACCGAAACCGAUUGGGCAUACGGAGGCACUUACACCAUCACAGUCACUGCCGGCAACGUCGCAAACCUGAAGGUGUCCUUGAUUGGCCUCAUCUCAAGCACGCACGGAAACAGCUUCGGUCACCGUACAUUAUUUCCGGCGUUUACCUGUCAAGGUAAUCAGUGUACUAUUACUGCCCCUCCAGACCCGUGGACUUCUCCUCCUGGCUGGUUUCAAUUGUUCAUACUUGACGGCCCGACCCCGUCCAACAGCUCCUUCGUUCGGAUCGGAGGAGAUCCGGGAGAACUAGGCAAUUGGCCGGAUUUGCCUGACUUUACCGUUCCUGGUGUCUAA